UAUAUUAUCUCACAGCUCACUGCUCAGCUGAAGGAAGCCUGUUUCUUUGUGUCCUAAAAAAUCUUUCAAGAAAAAAUAUAAAUAAAUCCUUAUCCCCUAGAAGCUACUCUUAUUUACUCUCCCCUUCUACGGACUGCUCAAUCUCACCAACUCUCUCCAUAUCUCUUCCCUACCAAUAUUUAUCUUAUUUUUAAAUAAUAUUAUAACAAAAAAAAAAAACAAAAAAAACCUAUUCCUCUGAUGCCUGAUUGGAUUCCUCUCUUCUCAUCAGGUGCGUAGGUCCCUCCCUUAUCCCUACUCAACUCAAAAUCUUGCUUAGCUUCCCUUCACACUUCGGUGUCAGUGCUUAAAUUCCUUAUAUAUCACCACCUCAUAAUAACCCUUUUUCUUACACAUAUCAUUCUCUUCUCUUCUUGCAAAAUCCAACUCCAUCCCUUUUCUCUUCUUGGAAAAUGUUGGCUGUUGAAGAGCUUCUGUUUGAGCUCACUGGGGAAGAUAGAAAUGACCAGGGUUUGCCUCCAGGGUUUAGAUUCCAUCCCACUGAUGAAGAGCUUAUCACUUUCUAUCUUGCUUCAAAGGUCUUCAAUGGGAGCUUUUGUGGUGUAGAAAUCGCUGAAGUUGAUCUUAACAGAUGUGAGCCCUGGGAGCUUCCGGAUGUGGCAAAAAUGGGGGAGAGGGAAUGGUACUUCUUUAGCCUGAGGGACAGGAAGUACCCAACAGGGCUGAGAACAAAUAGAGCAACCGGAGCUGGCUACUGGAAGGCCACAGGGAAAGAUAGGGAAGUGUACAGUGCCUCAACUGGUGCUUUACUUGGCAUGAAAAAGACCCUCGUUUUCUACAAGGGCAGAGCUCCUAGAGGUGAGAAGACCAAGUGGGUCAUGCAUGAGUACCGCUUGGAUGGUGAUUUUUCCUACCGCCACGCGUGUAAGGAGGAAUGGGUGAUUUGCAGGAUAUUUCACAAAACUGUGGAAAAGAAAAAUGGCCUUGUGCAUGGGCAAGGCUUUCUCUUGGAAGCUGCAUCACCACCCAUCUCUAGUUCCUUGCCUUCAUUGCUUGAAGCUCCAUCUAGUAUGUUAGAAUGUCUAGCUCAGGCUCCAACGGAAGCCCUCCAAAAUCCUUUUCUGAUUCACCACCGAGAAAGUGAUCUCAAAAGUUUACUAGUCUCUCAACCUCAUGUACUGUCUGGAAAUGGGUUAUUUCAACCCUCUUUUACACCAGCUCCCAUCACAAUCAACACUAGAGAAACAAACAAAAGCAUAGACACAAACACCAACAACAACCCGUCACCAUCGAUGCUCGUCAAGUCCCUACUCUCGCAUCAAGAUUGCACUUUGAAGGAACACUCCACUAUUCCCAAACAGUGCAAGACAGAGCCACACUUUUCCCAUUUUCAACUACCUGAUGCUAACUUGAACUGGGAGGAUAAGAUGCAUCCGAGCCCAUACCAAUAUCCCUUGUCUUUUGAGAUGGAUUGCAGUGCUUUAGGGAUCUUAGCAGCUGCUGCUGAUUCAGGUAUUACUACCCAUGAGACGUCCACUUCAAUUGUUUUCAACAGGGCCGGCUUUCAGAUGAUGUUAGAUACUCCCAUCAGACUCCCUGCCGAAUCUUGGCCAUUGGAUACUUAAGAUCUUCGAGUGUCAAAACAGCUUUGUGCGAUAGUGGUUAAUAUGUAUAGAAUAUACCAGCAAUAGAACGUAGUCACUGAUGAGUUAAUCAAUGUACUGAAGCUGAACCAGUAAUGUAGCGCUAUCGAUCCUAAGUCCAUCACCAUGCAUCUAUGUAGUAUUUUAGUUUUAAAGA